AUGAUUCAAGACACCUCAUCGAUUGCCGGCUACACCGUUUAUCGGGAAGAGCCCAGCGACGCCGCUCCCGAUCUGUCCAAGAACCACUCAGUUCAUCCGCUCGAUCCGCUAUCGAUUGAUGAGAUCCGCUUCGCCACCAAGCUCAUCCGUGAUUAUGCCAACCCCAAGACCCUCAAGUUCAACUGCCUCACUCUCCGCGAGCCCAAGAAGGCCGAGUAUGGCGCCUUCCGCUCUCGCCGCGCCCCGCGCCCCGACCGCCGUGCCUUUGCCAUCGUCAUCGAGCGAGGCACCUCGCAGGUCACUGAGGUCAUCGCCAACUUGACCUCGGCGCAGGUCGAGGAGUGGAAGCCCGUCUCCAACGUCGGCCCCACGCUGACCCUCGAGGAUCUCGACGUCUGCGAGCGCGUCUGCCGCGUCAACCCGCAGGUCAUUGAGGCCUGCCGCGGCCUCGGCAUCACCGACAUGUCCAAGGUGUUCCUCGACGCCUGGGCCAUUGGCGUCGACAACCGCUGGGGCUUCGAGCGUCGCCUCCAGCAGGGCAUCGCCUACUACCGCAACUCGGCCUUCGACAACCAGUACGCGCACCCGCUCGACUUCUCCGUCGUCGUCGACACCGAGACCGAAGAGGUCCUGGCCGUCGACAUCCGCCUCGUCAACGGCGAGCGCACCAAGGUGCCCCUGGAGGAGCACAACUACAUGCCCGAGUUCAUUGGUGAAAACUAUGUCGACGGCCUGCUCAAGCCCAUCAACAUCACCCAGCCCGAGGGCGUGUCCUUCCGCAUGCGCGGCAACGAGAUCGCCUGGGCCGGCUACAAGAUGCACAUCGGCUUCAACUACCGCGAGGGCAUCGUGCUGUCCGACGUCCGCAUCGAGGACCACCACGAGCAGCGCGAGCGCACUCUCUUCAACCGCAUCAGCGUUGUCGAGAUGGUCGUGCCCUACGGCAACCCCGAUCCGCCUCACCACAAGAAGCACGCCUUCGACGUUGGUGAGUACGGCACUGGUCUGAUGACCAACUCCCUCAAGCUGGGAUGCGACUGCAAGGGCGCCAUCCACUACCUCGACGCCGUCAUGGCCACCGGAAACGGUGACCCAGCCGUCAUCAAGAAUGCCAUCUGCAUCCACGAGGAGGACAACGGUCUUCUCUACAAGCACACCGAUUACCGUGACGGCACCGUCAUCUCGGCCCGCGACCGCAAGCUCAUCAUCUCCCAAAUCAUCACCGCCGCCAACUACGAGUACGGUUUCUACCACACCUUUACUCUCGACGGCACCUACAAGCUCGAGAUCAAGCUGACCGGCAUGCUCAACACCUACUGCAUGCACCCCACCGAGACGGCCGCUCCCUACGGAACCGAGGUCGCCCACCGCAUCAACGCCCACAACCACCAGCACAUCUUCUCCCUCCGCGUGGACCCCGAGGUCGACGGCCCCGACAACUCCAUCCUCCAGAGCGACGCCCUGCCCUCAGAGGAGCCCGUGGGAUCGCCCGAGAACCCCUACGGCAACGGCUUCUACUGCAAGAAGACGCCCCUGCGCACCUCCAAGGAGGCCGCCGCCAGCUACUGCCACGAGACCAGCCGCUCCUGGGACAUCAUCAACCCCAACAGCAUGAACCACGCCGCCAAGAAGCCCGUCGCCUAUAAGAUCCUCAACAGCAGCUGCCCCGCCGUCCUCGCCAAGCCCGGCAGCGUCGUCAACGAGCGCGCCGCCUUUGCGCGCAAGAGCCUGUGGGUGACGCCCUACAAGGACUACGAGAUCUUCCCUGCCGGUGACUACGUGUGCCAGUCGACGGGCGAGCUGAACCACCCGCACAACUCCAACAUCAUCGACUGGGUCGAGCGCGACGAGCCCAUCGUCAACACCGACAUCGUCUGCUACAUCCAGUUCGGCCUCACCCACUUCCCGCGAACCGAGGACUUCCCCAUCAUGCCCGCCGAGCCCGUCAGCGUCAUGCUGCGCGCCUCCAACUUCUUCCAGAAGAACCCCGGCUUGUGGGUGCCCCCCUCGGCCAUCUGCGUCGACAGCGUCUCGGCGAAUGCCUUCGGCUCCAAGGACGAGCCCGCCGCUGCUCCCUCGUGCUGCGCGGUCCCCAACCCGCCCGCCCGCCUGUGA